AUGUUUUGUUCCAUAAGGACAAGAAACUGCGAGGACGCUUGCAGUAAAGUAACUUGGGGUAUUUCUACCUUCGGUAUGCUUCCUGUGAACGGACAAUUCGAUGUUGAUUUUAGGCGAGUGGUAGUUUCUGCCACAGUUCUUAGUGAAGAGGCACAGAUUCCGAUCCAUAGUCUACAACUUGAAGACCGUGGAGAGCGCUCUAGCAGAGGUUGGGCAGCGAUGGUCGUGGGCCUUACAUCCUCGGCAUUACUUGCGAGUGCCCCUCCUCACCAUCCUUCUGAUAAUACUGCCUUUGCGAUCGGAAAUCUCCUUCUGGAUGGUCAUGCACAUAGACAUAUUAUUCAUUGGCGUUUAUGUCUUUCACGUUUGCACUUUCUUCGAUAUGAUAAAAUACUGCUUAUUUCAGAUUAG